UUUUGUGAAAGACUCUCUGGUCGUGAGAAUGGUUGACCUCUGAAAGGAAUUACAGGCUUUGGAAUCUCCUCUGUAGGAGUUUUCGAAGAACAAGAGAGAAGUUAGUUUUCUCAAGGAGGAAAUUUGACUGAACAAAUUCUGGAGAUCAACUUUUGGUCCUAUCUUUCUUGAUUUUAAAACUUACCUCUAUUGUUGUUAGUGCCUUAAGAGAUUUCAUUACGGGCAACAAAUCAUUUCUUCUAGAUGUUUAUGACCGUCCUUUCAGACUCUUGAAAUAGGCUUUGGCCGCCGGACUGGGCUGCCUGGCCUGCUGCCUGGCACGUGACUUCGUUAGCACUGGCUGCAUUCGUGUACCCGGGACUUCCUGAGCUCCUGCCCCUCGGCGCGGCAGUUGUGGAAAACCACAUUCAAAGGAAAUAAUCCAAGUGAUAAAAGACUCUAAAUUUAGAAAACUCUUCUCUCCCAUAUAAGAGAACACAAUUUGUUUCUUCAUCCCACACAAAAUAGAACUGUCCAGAAAAACAACCAUGAAAACACAUGACCCCGUCACUUUCCUCCCACUUGCAGCUGUCAAGCCUUCCUAGUGAAAUUUGUGUGUGCUGAAUAAUUUUGCAACACCUCACAGUCACAUGUUUUAGUGUCUGUUGAGGCUGAAAACUGUCCAUCCAUCUGAGGGGUAUGUCAUUAUAGCCUAGCGUGGAGACAGACACUUGGGAGCCUCGCCCAACCCUUCUGCAUGGAAUCCACCUGACUGCCUUCUAGGUGCCAGCAGGAGACAACUUGCCCAGAUGGAAAUCCUAUGUGAAUGUGGAAGCCAUUAGCAGAGUAAUUGCUGUCUGUUACCAUGACAACCAGCCGCUGCAGUCACCUGCCCGAAGUGCUGCCAGACUGCACCAGCUCGGCUGUGCCUGUGGUGAAGACUGUGGAGGAUUGUGGCAGCCUAGUGAAUGGGCAGCCACAGUAUGUCAUGCAAGUUUCAGCCAAGGACGGGCAGCUGCUGUCAACAGUAGUGCGGACUCUUGCCACCCAGAGCCCCUUCAAUGACCGGCCAAUGUGCAGGAUCUGCCAUGAGGGCAGCAGCCAAGAGGACUUGCUCUCUCCGUGUGAAUGUACAGGGACCCUGGGGACAAUUCAUCGGAGCUGCCUGGAGCACUGGCUGUCAUCCUCAAACACCAGCUACUGUGAACUCUGCCACUUCAGGUUUGCAGUCGAGCGCAAACCCAGGCCUUUAGUGGAGUGGCUGAGAAACCCAGGCCCCCAGCAUGAGAAGCGGACUCUGUUUGGAGACAUGGUGUGCUUCUUGUUCAUAACUCCCCUGGCCACCAUCUCAGGCUGGCUCUGCCUGCGGGGCGCCGUGGACCACCUGCACUUUAGUAGUCGGCUCGAAGCCGUGGGACUGAUUGCACUCACUGUCGCACUCUUCACUAUUUACCUCUUUUGGACACUAGUGUCAUUUAGGUACCACUGUCGAUUGUACAACGAAUGGCGUCGGACCAAUCAAAGGGUGAUUCUCCUCAUUCCAAAGUCUGUCAACAUACCUUCCAACCAGCAGUCGCUGCUGGGCCUCCAUUCUGUCAAGAGGAACUCAAAGGAGACCAUUGUCUGACACUUGUGUGGUUGGUUGAUUGAUUCGUUGUUUGGGUUUGGAAGUUUCUGCACUGGGGCCGCGCGCUGAGCCACCCCCAACCCGUCCUAACCUGCCCGUGGGUCGAAGAACAUCCAGAGCCGUGUCAGCGCGUCGUCCCGAGCAACGAACGCUGCCAGACGAGAGCAAAUGCUGUUUCACUUCAAAUCAUGGAUGCUGCAAUCAUAUGAUAUUUGCUAAGCUGCCAAACACGUGUAUUUAGCAGAUACUGUGUGGAAUUUCCUGAACACCUCUUUAACACGCGAGGAAGGUUCUCCUGCUAAGGAUGCAAUUCAAUUCUUCCUUUUUUAUUACUAUUUCAAAUAUAUAUAUAUAUUAAACUUAGAUGAUAAUCAAAAUCGAAAGCCAAUGUUAAAACCGGUUUCUUGGUUUGGACGGGUUUUGUUUGGGUGAGUUCCUGUGUUGCUGGUUUUCUGCCGCAGGUUCUUGGAAGUGGUCUUUCUCAUCUCUCUCCUGUCCCGUGCUCAGGGGACAGCGUAAUGACUGCAGAACACAUCGUGUCUGAGGGGUGUUUUGUACUAAACCUUACUUAAUUAUUCCGCCUUCAAAGGAAAAAGAGGUGUGGCAACUCUCCCCACACUGAGCUGUUUAUUUAAAUUUCAUUAAAGAGAACAAAUAAAGAUGGUGAGAAGCACGCUCCUGUUUGGUGCUGACAGCUGAUGGAAGCUAUUUUCUAAUAAUAAAUACCCGGUGUGUGAAAGACCAGCCCCGCUGAUUGCAAUACUCUUAUUUUUAAUU